GAAACCGGUUUGAGCGGAGGCGCUUCUGACGCUCGCUUGGCGCUGCCGCGGGCCGCCGGGAGGCGCGCGGGUGUCCGGCUCCUGGCUCGGCCUCGCUCCCGGGCGGCGGCGGCGGCGCAGAGGCGCUGACCACGUUGCGGCAGGUGAGGAAGAAUCCUAAAAUAAAUCCAUCAGAAUGACGCCUUCUCAGGUUACCUUUGAAAUAAGAGGAUCUCUCUUACCAGGAGAAGUUUUUGCAAUAUGUGGAAGCUGUGAUGCUUUGGGAAACUGGAAUCCUCAGAAUGCUGUGGCUCUUCUAGACAGUGAGACAGGUGACAGCAUGUUAUGGAAAGCAACCAUUGCACUCACUAGGGGAAUAUCAGUUCUGUAUCGCUACUACAAAGGAUACUUUUUAGAACCAAAGACUAUCGGUGGUCCAUGUCAAGUCAUAGUUCACAAGUGGGAGACUCAUCUACAACCACGAUCAAUAACCCCUUUAGAAAGUGAAAUUAUUAUUGAUGAUGGACAAUUUGGAAUCCACAAUGGUGUUGAAACUCUGGAUUGUGGAUGGCUGACAUGCCAGACGGAAAUAAGAUUACGUUUGCAUUAUUCUGAAAAACCUCCAGUCUCAAUAACCAAGAAAAAAUUCAAAAAAUCUAGAUUUAGAGUAAAGCUUACACUAGAGGGUCCCGAGGAAGACGAUGAUGAUAGGGUAUCUCCCACUGUUCUUCAUAAAAUGUCUAAUACCCUGGAGAUAGCCUUGAUAAGUGACAACGAGUUCAAGUGCAGGCACUCACAGCCAGAGUGUGGGUAUGGCCUACAGCCUGACCGUUGGACUGAGUACAGCAUACAGACCAUGGAGCCGGAUAACCUAGAACUAAUCUUUGAUUUUUUUGAGGAAGAUCUCAGUGAACAUGUAGUUCAAGGUGACGCCCUUCCAGGACAUGUGGGCACAGCAUGCCUCUUAUCAUCCACCAUUGCAGAGAGUGGGCGGAGUGCCGGGGUUCUUACCCUUCCUAUCAUGAGCAGGAAUUCCAGGAAAACCAUAGGCAAAGUUCGAGUUGACUUUAUCAUCAUUAAGCCAUUAACCGGAUACAGUUGUGACAUGAAAUCUUCAUUUUCCAAGUAUUGGAAACCAAGAAUACCACUGGAUGUUGGACAUCGAGGUGCAGGGAACUCGACAACAACUGCCCAGCUGGCUAAAGUUCAAGAAAAUACUAUUGCUUCUUUAAGAAACGCUGCUACUCAUGGUGCAGCUUUUGUAGAAUUUGAUGUCCAUCUUUCAAAGGACUUUGUGCCUGUGGUGUAUCAUGAUCUUACCUGCUGUUUGACCAUGAAAAAGAAAUUUGAUGCUGAUCCAGUUGAAUUAUUUGAAAUUCCAGUAAAGGAACUAACAUUCGACCAACUACAGUUAUUAAAGCUUUCUCAUGUGACAGCACUAAAAUCUAAAGAUCGGAAAGAAUCUGUAGUUGAGGGAGAAAAUUCCUUUUCUGAAAACCAGCCAUUUCCUUCUCUUAAGAUGGUUUUAGAGUCUUUGCCAGAAGAUGUAGGGUUUAAUAUAGAAAUAAAGUGGAUCUGCCAACAAAGGGAUGGAAUAUGGGAUGGUAACUUGUCAACAUAUUUUGACAUGAAUCUGUUUUUGGAUAUAAUUCUAAAAAAUGUUUUAGAAAACUCUGGAAAGAGAAGAAUUGUGUUUUCUUCAUUUGAUGCAGAUAUUUGUACAAUGGUUCGACAAAAGCAGAACAAAUAUCCCGUAUUGUUUUUGACUCAAGGAAAAUCUGAUAUUUACCCUGAACUUAUGGACCUCAGAUGUCGGACAACUCCCAUUGCAAUGAGCUUUGCACAGUUUGAAAAUCUUCUGGGGAUAAAUGCACAUACUGAAGACCUGCUCAGAAACCCAUCCUAUAUUCAGGAGGCAAAAGCUAAGGGCCUUGUCAUAUUCUGUUGGGGCGAUGACACCAAUGAUCCUGAAAACAGAAGGAAGUUGAAAGAAUUUGGAGUUAAUGGCCUAAUUUAUGAUAGGAUAUAUGAUUGGAUGCCUGAACAGCCAAAUAUAUUCCAAGUGGAGCAGUUGGAACGCCUGAAGCAAGAAUUGCCAGAGCUUAAGAGCUGCUUAUGUCCCACUGUUAGCCACUUUGUCUCCUCAUCCCUGUGCGGGGACCCUGACAACCAUGUGGAUGCCAAUGGCAUUGAUAAUGUGGAGAGCACUUAGCUUCUACUGUGCAGACCAUUCAGCGGUGGCUCUUCUGGGUGUUCACUUUCCAUUAUUGAGCAUUGUUUAUCUCUGCCUUUUGGGUUUCUCAGUCCAGUGAAGCAAUAAUGAAGUAUUUUACUCUUUCACUACAGUUCUUGCAAGGAUUUCAAGUACGCUAUUUAAAUCACUUGGCCAGGUAUAAUUACCAGUCAGUCUCUACAGUGAGAAAACUUAUUGGUUGGUAAAUAUUUUUUAACUAAAUAAGCCUAAUGUAAUGUUAAAUUUAUAUUAAAAACAAAUCUUUGAAAUUAACUAUAUAAAUAUCAUAUUUAAACUUCUUAGCUUUUUAUUUGAUCAGGUCUCACAUAUUUAGCCCUUGAGGAAAAUGACUGCAUAAUUAUACCUGACCAUGGAAAAAAUAAGUACCUCAAAUGCAUGCAUUUGCACUGGUGAUUCCAACUGCACAAACCUUUGUGCCAUCUGUGUAUAUAGUUGUUUUUUGUUUUUUGGGUUUUUUUACAUCGAGUGACAUGCACAGAAACUAUUUUCAUUCAGUAUGAGCCUUUGAGGCUGCUGCCAUUUUUCCACUUAAUCAAACCAGCCUGGAGGUGCACCUUGAAAUUUGUUUCAUAAAUCUUUGAAAAGUUCUUUUGCAUAAAUGUUAAAAUUUCAGAAUACUGCAGGGUAAUUUAACAUAUGAACUAUUAGCAAGAAGUAUGUAUUGCAUAUUAAGAGUCGAUCACAGUAUAUAAAUCCAAUUUGAUGCAUGCUUUAGGUUUUAAGCAUGAGAUUGUACACUUUACUGUUUAGUCCUUGCGUCUGGUGCUAGGUGAGCGUGAGAAGAUGGCAAGGACUAUUUUAUUGCCUAAAAAAAAGCCUGUUUGUAGGCAUUUGAAAUAUGCUUACUUAGUGUCUCUCACUACCUAUUACACAUCGUUGCUUUGUGGGUUUGUUUUGUGUGUGUGUGUGUUUGUGUGUGUGUUGUAUAGUAGUUAAAUCUCCAUGCAAAAAAAUAAAUGUUCUGAAUUCUCAUAUUGGUAUUCUUUAUUGGUUAAUAUAUAUCAUGCAUGUAAUUUAUUUAGGAAUGUAGAAGAUCUUACUAAAUGUGUAUGCAUGGUUUUAGGAUUAUGCUAAGGUUUCUUUAUUUAGAAGUGGAGUGUAUUGACAUAACUGUAACUUAAGAAUGAAUGUUAAAUAAAUUGACAGAUAUAUUUUCUUCAUGAUAAAAUAGAAUUUCAAGAAGAUGUUACUUUUGUAGAAUGGUUUUAUAAUGUUACUAUGAGCAGUUGAAAUUUAGUGUUGACCCUAAAGGAAUAUCUUAUUUGCAUCCACCUUUUACUUUGUAUUCUUCCUGAGGCAAUUUAUUCAUGUAUUUUCACAUUUUGGUAGUAGCUGAGAACCUAAGACUUGAAAUUACAUGUUGUGUCUUUCAUUUUUAAGCUAAGCAAUGCAAUUUGGGUCAGAUCUUAAUUGUGUGAAGAUAGGGUCUGAAAUCCUAUGGUGUUUGUAACACAUGUUUAGUGGAAAAUAGUUGGAGAAAUGGAGUCUUCUAUAAGCUUUCUAUACUUUUCCCACAUCGAAUGAAAUUUUUUAACAUUUUGAUGGAAAUUGGGGACUAAAAGAAAACUGAAAAAGACUUUUAUUUAUCUGUAGACCUUUGUAUAACACAGCAUGUUCCCUGUGGUAACUUGAUCAACUGUGUCUGCAUUUCCAGUUCUGUUUCUGCCCUAUCCCUGCUUCCACUCCCAGCUCCAUUAUGAGAACUCGCAGGCAGAGAGGAAGCAGACCCUAAAGGAAAGAGGAGCAGACAGGGUGAGCAGGGGAGGCAGUGGGUGUGGGCUUCCGAAGUCUGCUGAGCAGGGCCUCCAGGAACUGCUUUGGCUGCUGACAGAACCUGGGUGCUUGCUUUCUUUCCUAUCCCUUCCUCACUUCAAACCAGUGUAGUGAGGAUUCAAGCCAUUUAAGUGAGGGUACGUUGAGGUGUGUGUGUCACUAACUGGUCCCUUGACACCCAUGCUGCCUUCUGUGCCUGCCUCCUGGAAGCUUGGCCUCCCCACUCACUGUCCCUGGGAGGCACCCAUCUCCAGCUCUUGCCAAAGCUCCUUCAGAUGGGAGGCUCUGUCUUUCUACCCCUGACAGCCUGGCAUGUGCUGGGCAUGCCGUGCUUCCAAGUACCACCCAGGUGGCCACAUGGGGUGUCCGUUGCUUACCAGGCUGCUGCUCUUCCACACCAGAGACCUCGGCUUACUCACUUUAACUCAUUCCAGUGUGUGGAGCAGAGUAGAAAAGAAACGCUUGAAUCACUGGGAUAUCAGUUUGUAGCAAAUGUCCCUUCAGAAUCAAGAGACCCUGUUAUAUUUACUCUGAAUGUAAACUUGGACUUGGUUUACAUUUUGAGGAUCAGGAUGCCUUGUUGGUGUCUAUUUUGAACUGUAUAGCCACAAUGUUAAAUUAUUAUACUUUCUGGAAACAUUUGAUAAAAUGCCGCCAUUAUACUCUGGUAUUUUCACUCUGGAAUCAUGUACUGUACCUGGUGGAUGUGAACAUGAGCCCUGCAACUUGCUCCUAUGUGGGUUGUGUCUGAAGGGCACCAGAGCUGGCUUCCUGCCACCUGCUUACCUCAUGCCAUUGUUCAUGUGACACCUGUCUCUCUUCCCCUCCAACACCCAUGCUUCUGCUUCAGUGCUGCUUUUCUUGUCUGAAAUGCCUUCCCUGCCUUCUGUCUGUGUCCUACUUGGUGCCACCUCCUCUGUAAAACUUGCUUCUGCCUUUGAUCUGAAUUGUGAUGGAAACCAUUGCAGAUAGCCUGUAAAUGACACCGCUUCUCUCUAGCUGGGGUAAUAAACCCAGAGUGGUUGUCCCACUUGCCAGGUUGGGACAUGACUCCCAGUCCACCCCAUGUUCAUAAACACUGCCUUUGCAGUCCUGUGGUACGUGUUGGCAUGAGCUAUCUUACGGUCCCUCCUCUGUAACUGGUUAUUUCUCUAAUAAGAUUGUGAGCCCCAUAAGGGCAGGCGCUGCUUUGCAUUCUGACACCGCUCUAGUGUUUUGUCCUUACCUGUGGACUAGAUAAAUAAAGUGGUGGCAACAAUCCUA